UGUCCUCUCUCUCCCUCUCGCCCCCUCCUCCUUGAGCGCCGCCACUGCAGCUGUUGUGUGUGUUACUACUGCUGCUGUGAGCCAGAUCUAGACCCUUAAGCCCUUGUACGGCACAGAAAGUCGGAGAGGAUUUAUAGUCUGAACAGUGCUGCCAGCUUCUUGAAAAUAAGAGCAAGGGAAACAGAGACUGACAUCAGCUCCUUUUUUGAGUCGUCGGAACUGCAUUCAACGUCAAGGCGGCUAAUUCGAUGCACAGGAAUUCUAGUGGCAUCACCACAGUGCAACCUCGCAGCUGAGCAGAACUUUUCUCCUACUAUUGUUACUCAGAGCCUGGAAUUAAAAUCAAGGUCUUCGGAUUCCUACCAGUAAAAUAGUUUUCAGAUACUUCUUAAGCAAGGGUUCUUGAUCUUCAAAGAUGAAUCCUGUUUAUAGCCCCGUCCAGCCAGGGGCUCCCUAUGGAAACGCUAAAAAUAUGGCCUAUACAGGUUAUCCAACAGGAUACUCACCAGCAACCCCAACCUAUACGGCAAACAUGUAUCCCACCAGCAGUCCUGGAUACCCAGGAGCUACGCUGCUGGUGAAGCAGACCUGGCCACAGACAACAUCCUCUUGUGACUCUGAGGGUACCUUUCAACUCCCAGUAGAUACUGGGACAGAAAACAGAACUUAUCAAGCCUCCUCUGCAGCAUUCAGAUACACUGCUAGUACCCCAUAUAAAGUACCAUCUUCUCAGGCUAACAGUGCACCACCUCCUUAUUCUGCAUCACCAAACCCCUACCAGACUGCAAUGUACCCAAUCAGAAGUGCCUACCCGCAGCAAAAUCUGUACACCCAGGGAGCUUAUUACACACAGCCUGUGUAUGCAGCACAACCUCAUGUCAUUCAUCAUACCACAGUGGUACAACCUAACAGCAUUCCCUCUGCAAUCUACCCAGCUACUGUACCUGCACAAAGGACUAAUGGUGUCACUAUGGGAAUGGUUGCUGGAACCACCAUGGCAAUGUCAGCAGGUACCCUGCUAACCACUCCACAGCACACUUCAAUUGGACCACAUGCAGUUUCCAUGCCAACAUACAGGCCUCAAGGAACUCCUGCCUACAGCUAUGUAGCACCCCACUGGUAAACUCACUGGCCAGUCCAUGUCUGGAGUCAAACAUUGUAUGCAACUACUCAAGUCUUACAUUGGCGCUGGGGUAACAGCACCAAAGCACCAUCUCUUUGCAAGAACAAGUGCAAGGAUCACUUUAUGCAUCUAGUGAUUUUUUUUUUCUUAAGGCUGCUUUUUUUCUCAAUGUCCUGCCUCAUUUAUGUUCUUCUGAUUUUUGUGGGGAAAAGUCUAAUGUAGUUGAUUUUCACCACUUCAGCACUGACACUUUCAUGGAUUCCCCACUCCGGUACUGCUACAGUCACCCUAUUCCUUUUAACAUGUCAGCCCUGUAUAGUGGAAUAGUGGAGCACCUAGACAUGAAGUUUGAUUUCCACAACAGCCUGGUUUCUAAGUUUCAAAUUUGUGAAAGUUUAUCUUUUUAUUUUUUAAUGCAAUGUAUUACAUAAAGCACAGAUCUAGGGUUGGUAGGCCUUUUUUCUUCCAAUCUGAUUUUAAUAUAUUCUUCCAAAAUCAAAAGAUUUCUGUCUUCCAGACAUCUUUUUCUUAAACAUACAACAUAUCUACUGUAUUGAAUUCAACCCUCACAGAAAUGUAAGUUCUUGUUUGUGCUGCCCAUUUCAGCAAGCAAGGUGAAGUUGUACAUUUUAGGUUAGAUUUUAAAUAUUACCUUCUGCUAUUAGUCUGUCAGAUUAUUUUUUUCUGGAUUUUGCAAUAGAGUAGGGAAUUUUGGUCCCUGCAGAAAUGUUACUGAUAAGUCACUCCUCCUGACUGCAAGCAGAGCAGACUAAUAACUCUGUAACAUAUUAGUGGUCAGAAGCUAAUAAGAUAAGGAGUAGCAGACCCAAUGACAGAUAAAACUCUGAUAAGCAGAUGGAGUAUCUCAAGGUAAUAAAAGAUUGGUACUGUAUAGGUACAUUUAGGAUGGGUACAACAUGCAAACCUUUCUAUAUUCAAGUGAUUGGAGCCAUUUCACUGCAUGUCAUAUUUGCUGGUAAGCUGCUGCCUUCAAAAUAAAAAAAAAUAGCUUCUUCCAACAUAAAGAGCCAAAAUGCCCACAAAUUAAGGGAUAUUAGUGAGUGUGCACAUGCAAGAGAGGGCAUAAUUGUCAUCAAAUAUGAAUUCAUACUUUUUGUUAUAUGUAUGUGUUUCAUAGCACUAAUCCACUCAAACUAAAGUGACUGGAAAUGGGUGCAGGCAGGAGGUUAUGCCAGUAAAAAUGAAUAAAACAGUAUUACAGUUGUCUGGAGAACACUGUAAAAAUAAUGCAGUGAUUGUAGCACUGUCAAACUAAUGAUGAUUUAUACAUUUUAAAGGAUUCAGAUGUAGAUUCAUUUCUAAGUAAUUUUAUUUCUAAGUUUUAUAGCAGUGUUACCAACAUUCAAAUUUGAGCAGUUGGCAGAAUGUUGAUUGGCAAAAGAAAAAAAAAACGUAUAAUUAAAUGUUAGUGAGACAUACAAGUUAAAGUCCUUACUGUUGAGCUCAACUUGAUGAUUUUCUGUGUUUGUAUGUGUGCCUCAAGUACUCUGACUUGAAUUCCUAUGAGUUUGUUGGAAGGACUAGAGUAAUUUAUGGAUUGAAAUUGUUUCCAUGUCCAUUAUGCCUGCCUUUGAAAUCUCCACUUAUUGUGCAAAUAAAAUCAGUUAACAGAAACUGAAAAUCGGAAAGCGGGGUCAUAAUACAUUAAGCAGCUCAGUUUGCUGACAUCCUUUUUGUUUUACAUAUGUUAUUUUAAAGCGCUGUCUGAUUUAGCUAGCUGAAUUCAAAACGACUUUGAUGACUUCAUUUGAAAGAAAAUAUUUUAGAACUUAGUGCCUGAAGCAACAAGUUAGGCAUGUAUUACAUUUACCAGUUUACUGGGAUUCAGGCUGAAAGUGGUAAGACAAUUUGCUCUACGAUGUGCAAGCACAAAUAAUGCAGCUGUUCGUUUAUCCUUCAGUAAGUGACCGACAAGUAGGAUUUCUACUUACAGCAUAUUCUCACUAAGAGACUGCAAAUGGAAAAGGUUCUACAGCUUUUAUUACCUUUUAGGUGGCAGCCAAUUAUUAAGCUAGAAUUUUAUGCUUUAUAUGUCAGUUUGCAUUAAACUGGUAUUUAAUGACAGUCAUUUGUUACAAACUUUUAUACUACCAUUAUUUGUUUAAAAGUGUGUUCUCUGAAAUUAAAGAGGCUACAUUUAAUUUGCUGUGCCCCUUGAAGUUGAUUACAUUUUUUUCUGCCUGUUUGUAUAGGGUAACCUAAUUAAUGGGGGUAUCUCCAACAAAAGAAAUACUUAACAGUUUUUCCCUUCUUUAAAUUACAAGCUUGUGAACUU